AUGGCCCUCGCCGCCCCUCCCCGCGGUGUUAUCCCCGGGGAUCUCCUGCUCGUCGUCCAUGAUUUCGACGCCCGCGGCCCCGACGAGCUGACCUUGCGACGCGGUGAGAAGAUUGAAUUGGUCGAGCUGGAUGAGGGCUUUGGAGAUGGCUGGUAUCUGGGCAAGGACUUGACCACCGGUUCGACUGGUCUCUUUCCUGGAGUAUACACCACUACCGCUCCAAAGAUCCGCAGUCGCCCUCCUGCCGAGAGCACAACGCAUACGACCUCCGAAAACUCGACAGACACCGAUGGCGCUGCUCUUGACGCCGAACCGCUUCUCAGAAGCGGCGAAUCCACCCCUCAAGUCUCGCGCCAUACCAGCAUCUCCGACCUACGCGCCCCCGAGGUGCCGCGGUCGCCCCCGCAACAGCAGCAGCCACAGCAACGUUCCGCCUCUUCCCCCUUGCCGGCUGCCAAGAUGUCCCUUGAGAUCCGCCAGGCACUGGAGGGGCAACAUCGCAAUGGCCAAGAUAGCCCUGUCAUGAAUGAGACCCUCAGUGUGAUAGAUGAACACAUCACCGAUCUCAGUACGCCCCGGCAUAGUGUGGCUGACCGAGAGCCUUCAGUUCUGAACGACUCCGCCAGCGAGUAUAGCAGUCAUCUCGAUCACCGUCGCUCCUACAUCAAUGGUCAUGAAACCGACGAGGAGGAAGAGCGGCAGCCACAGGAGGCCCAGGUUCGACGCUGGUCUCCUGCCUAUACGGCCCGGCAGCUGCGCCAGCUAGGCAUUGAGGACAAGCACUGUGACAUCUUCGAGGAGCAAGAGAUUAGUGGCGAAGUUUUACUCGAUAUGAACCAGGACUUUCUUUUUAUGAAAGAGUUUGACUUUGGGGUUAUGGGCCGUCGUUUGAAAACCUGGCACAAGAUUCGCACCUUCCAAGACCAGGUCAAAGUUGGCCACAAGCAGCCAUCGCCGGCAGUGUCACCAACUCUGCCGCGCAGCUCGCUGGCGGCAGUUCCUAGCUCACCUGAGCGCACACGCAGCCGAACUGGACAGACUGCGCCUUUGCUACCGCGCAUCCCGACUUUGCGCACGUCGAACACGCCCCAUCCUCGACUGGUCAGCAACGCCGUCCCCAGUACCAGCAGCGGCUCACCGAUCCCACCGCAAAGCUCAUCAUUCAUGGAUCAUUCGCGUCGCCCGUCUGCUGCGUCCGUGCGAGAAAUCAAUCAUUCGCGUCGACACUCGUCUAUAGAUGCGACGACUCGCUACUCGGGAGUCGUCGAUGGCUCACCAGGACCCACACAGCGCGGCUCCUUUGACCGUGCCUGGUCGUUGUCGACGGGACCCCAGCAACGCCUUCCCACGCGGCCGGGCACAUCGGCCGGGACCUCGACGGGCACUUCUCCAGCAUUAGAGACGGGGCUCGUACAUACUGGUUUCCACCAUCCAACCCAGUCGAAUGGCUCAGACACGGCAGGUGCAACGCCCGAUGACCUUGAUCGCGGUUAUUUCUCUGGCCCCGAGGGGGACACCCGCAAACGACGACUGUUGCAGAAACGGCAAUCCGCCGCCGGCAGUGCCGAUGCGCGCAUUUCACCGGUCCCCGGGGAGCCCCUUCGAGUUGCGAAGCGGCAUUCACGUAUCAGUAGCAUGGACUCGAUUCGAGAAAAGGCCACGCAGCCUAUUGCUCCGCCUAACAAGUCUUACACGACUCCUGCGCCGAAGGGACGACUUCGUAGUCUCAGUACCCGUCUGGUCGAACGGCGAACACCACAAUCGGCCCCCGUUUCCGCGAUUGAGGACCGUUCUGGAGGAUCUAGUCUGUUCGGUCCGCUGUUCGGUGGGAAGUCGGAGAGCGACACACCCCGUUCGUCUCAGCAAUCAACUAAGAUUGGUGGCCCGAAGUUCCGUCGCGCCGUUGGCCUCCGAGCCAUGUCGGAUGUGGUGAGCAAGAACGUUGAUACAACCGCUGCGCCGCCGUCCCCAGUUCAGGAUCGAGAUCCUGCUCCGCCUCGGACUGGUUCCACGACCCCUUCGACCACGAAAAGUUCCGAACGGUUGAGUACGGACGGCUCCGGUAAGGCAACGGAGGGUGGUCUGUGGCCCCGCUCCCGCCCGUCCGUCAGGACUGGCCCCAAGUCAAAGAAAGACACCAGUGCCUACAUGCGUGGGUUGGAGAAGAAGUCUCCGCAGGAGCAGAUGGCAGGGUGCGACUACGUUGGCUGGAUGAAAAAGAAGUCUCCGAACCUGAUUACCACCUGGAAGCCACGGCUAUUCGUGCUGCGGGGUCGCCGAUUGUCGUAUUAUUAUUCAGAACAAGAUACAGAGGAACGAGGGUUGAUUGACAUCACUGCGCAUCGCGUGCUACGCGCCGAUCACGAUCCUAUGGUCGCGCUGCAUGCCACAAUUACCGGCUCCACCGGGUCGCCAACCGCUCCUGCCCCUUCGGUUCAAUUGGCCGACGGGACUUCAUCGUCCGAUCCCAUUCCAAGCAUUGAAGCACCCCGAGCUAGCAAGUCCGGAAGUGAGGGCCCGUUCUUCUUCAAGCUGGUACCGCCCAAGUCGGGCUCUUCGCGUACAGUGCAGUUCACGAAGCCGGCAGUUCACUAUUUCCAGGUCGACAAUGUGCAGGAAGGUCGACGCUGGAUGGCUGCGUUGAUGAAGGCGACUAUUGAGCGGGACAUGGACUUGCCAGUGGAGACAACGAAUAAGCAGCGUACUAUCAGUCUUAAGGAGGCGCAGUUGAUGAACCAGCGGCCUCCGGCGUUGAUGGUGGGAGCGGCAGCUGGAGCACCAGAGGGUGCGGCGCCCGAGGCGAUGGAUAAAGAGGAUGCGUCUUUGAAUGCAUCAUCGGAGACCACCGACGCGGAGACAGCCGCUGAAUCGUUUGAAACACCCGAGGAACGAGGCUUGAUGAUCAAAGGGCUCAAUUUGGACGGCGAGCCUGCCAGCAGCGACGGCAAUGAGGAUGGUUCCAGACUCUCGAAACCUUUAGAAGUUGACACUGGCCCUGCGUCUCUACUUCCGGAUUCGAUUCAAAGCUCGCAGUGA